AUGUCGGCAAUUGUGAAUACUCCAACCAUGGAUGUAUCUGUUCGGCCAACCAAAAUUAGCGGAUACCCCGAUUUGUCGGUGGAAGUGUGGAUACACGUUCCUUUGGUCAUUAGUGUGAUCGAGUUAAGCUUGGUGAUGGAUCCAGAACGUAAGUCAACAAUAGUGGCUGUCAGCUUGCGGUCCCAGCCAAUGGAGAUCGUGUAUCCCGUGUUCUUGUCGAUCGGAUGGUACUUCAAAUCCAAAAUGAGACGCUGGUGGAUCUGUUCUUCUGCCAACAGCUCCAGCUCAAAAGACUCGUUUGACACUUUCCAAACCCGCAUCUUGCCGUCCAUUCCGCACGAAAGAAACACGUUUGUGCCGUCAAUUCCAACAGCCAGCUUUGUGGGCGUCGAUCCGUGGAGAUCGCUUCUGUUAGCGAGCUUUUUCUGUGCAACCAGAUCAAACAUAUGGACUUCUCUGUCGUUGGUGACAAAGACAGCGACUUCGAGCUCCUGA